UGCCCUUUAAGUGAACCGUCCAGUAACACUGAAAUCCGCCUCAGCCUGGCUGACAGCGCCGUGACCGACGGCCGGAGAUUUGGGGAUGCUGCCACAGUGCUCCGGUUACAAGGCGAGCGACGGCGCUGCCUGCUGUGGAGGUCAGAUAACGUAACCCAUAUCCACUGCGUCAGUCUGGCGGACAACAGCGCCGUUGUGUUAGAGGACAAUGAUUCGAACAUGAUCAGCACGGAUGGCUGUUCAAAAUGCGAGGCGACUCUGCAGGAGAGCAGCAGGAGGAGGCCACCCGCAGAGAUGCUCCAUCUGCUGUCGGCUGUCGUCGUUUGGCUGGUGACCGGCACCACCAUCUCCAGCCUCAACAAAUGGAUAUUUGCUGUUUACAACUUCAGGUACCCCCUGCUGCUGUCCGCACUGCACAUGCUGACGGCCAUAGUGGUGGACUAUGGGCUGAUCAAGCUGCGGGUGAUCCGCCACAGAGGGGCUGCUGAGCGGGACCUUACCCCCAAUGCUAAGUGUAAGGUGUUCCUGUUGAGCCUGACAUUUUGCGCCAGCAUCGCCUUCGGGAACAUGGGUCUGAACUACGUCCAGCUCUCAUUUGCACAAAUGAUCUACACCACCACUCCACUGUUCACCCUGGCCAUUUCUACCCUGAUCCUCGGCAAGCAGCAUCACAUCAUCAAGUACACGGCCAUGAUGCCCAUCUGCCUGGGCGCAUCCUUCAGCAUUAUGGGGGAGGUCCAGUACGAUCAGACGGGCUGCUUCCUUGUGUUUGCAGCGACCAUGUUGAGGGGCGUCAAGUCCAUUCAGCAGAGUAUUUUACUUCAGGAGGAGAAGAUCAACUCUGUGUUCUUACUCUACCUGAUGUCCAUUCCUAGCUUCUGUAUCUUAGCCGUGGCUGCUCUGGCCCUGGAGAACUGGGCUCUGCUGGAGUGGCCGCUGCACUACGACUGCCACCUGUGGGUCUUCAUCCUGCUCAGCUGCCUGGGCUCGGUCAUGUACAACCUGGCCAGCUGCUGUGUCAUCACGCUCACCUCGGCCGUCACCCUGCAUAUCCUGGGCAACCUGAACGUGGUGGGAAACCUCCUGCUGUCUCAGCUGCUGUUCGGCAGCGAGCUGUCCGCGCUCAGCUGCGCCGGGGCGGCGCUCACGCUGUCCGGCAUGCUGAUUUAUCAGAACUCCGAGUUCAUCGUCGGCUACCUAGACGCCCGCAGGUCUAAAGCCGGCGGGUCAGAGCAGAUGGAUUUUCACAGCGCAGAUGGAGAGGACCCAGUAAGAGCCGGGGCGUCCGAAAGCACGAAUCAUCAGCAGAGAGAGGAGAGGAAACAGGACAAGAUGGACUGAGAUGAAUGUACGAUGGCAAAAUUAAAAUAGAAAAAAAAAGAACAACUGCAUACACUGUAAGUUGUGUUGUCUUCCUUUUGAGUGAUCAAGAGGUGAAGACAAACAGGACUGUAACCAUAAGUAGUCCUCACUGUGCCAAUAUCUUCUGGUCACACAGAACUGGAGUCUGCAAAAAAAAAAAAGAAAAAGGGUUGCCUUCAUGUUUCAUUGUGAUGGGUGAAAUCAAUUGUUUCCCUGUAAACCACUCCUAUAUAGCCUCUAGCGGUAUAUGCAUGCAUGAGCACACUAAACUGUUUGAUACCUCACGAGGUUUUGAGGUACUGGCUCUGUCUUCACUCUACUCCACUGUGAAAAUGUUCUUGAUCCCAGAGGGCUGUAGCCAGUGUUUUGGGUGGCUGUUGUGGACAUAUUGCCUAUUGCAGUUCAAAUGAUGGUGGUGCGUAGAAAGAACCCCAUCCUCAAAAUUAGCUGGCACAAUUUGUAUCAAGAAGACAUAUUUACGGUACUGUUACCUGAUAAUCUCCCGGCCCCAUUAUGGUAAGGGACUGGGUUUUUGGCAGCUUUUUUGACGAUCUGUAAAGUGGGAGGCUGAUGCUGUAGGGCUGAAGCUUCCAAAGAUGGGCAACGCUCACGUCAUUUUUUAUUUUAUUUUUUCUGUUUAAUGAGACGCCUCUUCUCUACUGAAGCACAUUUUUGAUUAGAGGCACGUCCUCUGCGUUCUGCACUAUGAACUUUGGGGUGACCUCCCACUAAAGACCUACAUUUAGUUCCCAUGUCAAUCUGAAAAACCCGUCUCUUUAGAUUUAGGUCAAUUAUUUCCAUCUCCUGCAUAAGAACACUCCUUCCCUUCCAGCGUACCUUUUAUAAUUAGUUCCACAAGAUCUCUAAGGAGUGUCAAUCAACUUUAGCCGUUAUUCCCCGGGGAAGAUAUGAGGGAAAAGAACAUUGAGCUUUCUUUUAAAGGCUCCUCUUAAUCCUUCGCCUUCAAGCAUGUUUGAAAAGUUGUAAAGUUCUUUUCUUCUUUUUUUUUUUUUUCAAAGACUUCUGCUGGACAUCAGCCAUGUUUACAUGUAGAGCAAUAUUCUGACUAUUGAUUAUAUUCCAAAUAAGGAAUACUCUGUGAUGCUUACAUCUGUUUCUUCCCCAAAAAAUAGACUUCAUCUUCCUAUUUACAUGAUGAAAAGAAUAGUUCUCUUAAUAACCCAGAUGAGCUCCUCUUUUGGCACAAUGAUGUCUGUGCUCAACUGAACCGGGCUUUACCCACGCACCUCUCCUUUGUCCUUAUCUGUCUCCCGACACUGUGUCUGAAUAUUGCUGUGCAUGUAAACACCAGCAGUGCUGUCUUUCACUAUUCAGAAAGCCUCUUCUUUAUCAUGUGGAAGACCAUAAGUUUCCUAAAGGCCUUCGAAGUCUCUGGCUUUUAA